UUGGAACUUUCAGUCCUACUGCCCACCCUACUCAGAAUCUUUCAGCAAGGGGAGAGGGGCUUGAGAUUGAGUUAAUAAUUGAUCGUGUCUGGUGAUGAAGUCUCCAUAAAAAUCCCUGAAUUGUGGUGUAAGAAGAGCUUCCUUCUGAAUUGUCCCAUCUGAAUCAUGGAGGCUGAAGUCUGUAAGCCUGGAGAGACCUUCAGCAAUAAUCUGCAAAUUCCAAAAUGACCACCCUGCCCCCGCUGCCCGUGACCCGCCCAAAGCUUGCAUCUUUAGCCAGACAGAAGCUGCCAUGCUCCCCCGGAACGAUCCCAAGGUCUCAACUGAUCAAAGAAAAAGAUGACAUAGAUCAUUAUCUAGAGGUGAAUUUCAAAGGAUUGUCAAAAGAGGAGGUUGCUGCUUACAGGAACACGUACUCGAAGAACAUCUGCGUGGACAUGCUGCAAGAUGGGUAUCACAAGUCCUUCACUGAGCUCUUCGCUCUGAUGGAGCAGUGGGAUUCCCUGCGGGAGGCUGCGAAACGCAGGUCCAUCUUCUGGCUGCAGAAGCCCCUGGAGGAGCAGCCAGAUAAACUGGAUCACUUCUACCACUACCUGACCAGGGCCGAGGCCGCUGAGAGGAAGGAACACUUUGAAGAUGUAUAUAAUAACUUGUACGCUCUGGCCUGUUACUUCAAUAAUUCCGAAGACAAGUGGGUAAGGAACCACUUCUACCAACGGUGUUUUAAGAUUGCUCAACUGAUCCAAAUCGACGGUGGAAAGAAAGAAGCUGAGGCUCAUGGGCACAUGGGGCUUCUCUACGAGGAAGAUGGUCAGCUUCUGGAAGCUGCCGAGCAUUAUGAAGCAUUCCAUCAAUCGACGCAGGGGCGGAUAUGGAAGGACGAGAAGGGGCGCUUUCUCAACUUGUUGGCCUGUGAGAGUCUCCUGAGGACUUACAGAUUACUCUCAGACAAAAUGCUGGAAAAUAAAGAAUACAAACAGGCCAUCAAAAUUCUAAUAAAAGCUUCUGAAAUAGCCAAAGAAGGAAAUGACAAAAAGAUGGAGGGAGAAGCUUCUUAUUACUUGGGCUUAGCGCACUUGGCAGCUGGAGAAUACGAAAGAGCGUUAACUGCCCUCAACGCUUACAGUAAAAUCUCUACAGACAUGGAAGAUGAUCUCAGCCUGGGGAGAGCCUAUGAAGCCAUAGCCAAGGUCCUGCAGAGCCAAGGAAAAAUGACGGAAGCAAUUCAAUACUUGAAAAAAGUUGUGGAAAUCGCAGGAAACAAUUUUCAAAAUCUAGAUGUCGUGAGAGCAAGUACAAUGCUCGGAGAGAUCUACAAUAAGAAAGGACUCUACAACAAAGCUUCUGAAUACUUUCAGCAAGCUUUUGACACAACAGUAAAGCUAAUGAACAUGCCUUUACUGGAUGAAACCAAAGUUCAUUAUGGGAUAGCAAGAGCUCAUCAGAUGAUGCUGACCGUGAGUAAUUACAUAGAGUGUGCCGAUCUCACCAGCCUCGACUGCCUGCUGUCCUGGAAAGAGAGCAGAAGUGACAUUGAACCUGACCCGGUUACUGGAGAGUCUAGAAGAUCCACAAUGGAAAAUUUACCUCGAAACUCAGGACAUUUGGGAACAAUCAGAGGAUUUCCAGAAAAUCAAGAAAAUGAAACUUAGAGCAGCUUUCAGCUCAGCAUCAAAGCAAGAAGAAAUUUGUCAUGACACCUUAGACUUUGAUACCUGUAAUGGCAGCAUGUUACAAAUAAUGUAGACAGACUUGUAGUAAUUUAAACUAUGAUUACGUUUCCAUGGGAUUUUGUAUUGCAGUAUACUACCACAAAUUUAGUGUAAAACUUAGAACUUCAUGAAAAUAAAAUAUAUCCCAAAUGUUUAGAAAUAACAAUUUUCCACAAAAUAAACUAAAACAUUUCUUCUUAUUCACUGUGCCACGAGAAACUGUGACAUUAGAGAAUCAAAAUUUGGUUAUUCCUAAUCAGAUAAUGAUUACAUGCUUCAGGAAAUCUUUUAUAAAUUCAGGAUAAUAUUAAAAUUCCAGGGAAACUUUUCACAUAUGUAGAUAAAAGGAAUAUAAGCAAUAAAGACUAUCAUAUUGAUAUGUACCUCUCGAAACUCUGCUUUGCCUGUAUAAAAGUAUAUUCCAUUAUACUUCUAGCUGAUUUAUAAAUAAACAAGCUUAUUGGGGCAGG